CUCCAUAUUUGUUAUUGAUAAGGAUAGGACAAAGUCAAGUUAAUUACAACUUAAUAAAAUUAAUUUAAAGUCAUGUUUUUAAAAUAUAAAGUUUAAAAGACUUUUUAAAAUGUUUUAAUUGUGUCUCGUAUAGUUAAGAGUUUAAGAUUGUCGGUAAUAAUGGCUUUAAUAGAUUUUGGCACAGAUCGAUGGAUCAGGGACUUCGAGUCGUGCGAAACGCUCCACCUGAAGAUACUCAAUGAGCUGAGUGACAGGGACACGCUUCUGUCAAAUACGGUCAAGUACGAUUCCCUCAGUGGUACGAUAAGGGUCCACCUGAAACAACUCGAGACAGAACUGAAUCAACUGCAGUCGAACCUCGACUCGGCAAGCUUCAUCACUUAUGAGGAGAAGGAAAGGAGACAGCGCCUCAUCGAGGACCUAAAUAGAAAGAAGAGUCAGUUGAUGAAUAUGUACAGUUCCAGAAUUUCAUAUCAGCCUACACAACAGAACUGGUCGGCCGACGAUGACGAUGUGCCUCUCCUUGGCGAGACUUCCAUACAGUCUUUAAAGGAAAGACAGGCAGAACUGUUAUCCGAACAGGAUAAAGGAUUGGAUAGACUUUCCAACAUAAUCUCGCGGCAGAAAAAUAUUGUGAUCACCAUAGGAAAUGAGGUCAAUAGUCAAAAUGAAAUAAUUGAUGAUAUUGGUACAAGGAUGGAAUCGACUAAUGUGCAAAUACACUCCGAAGGCAGAUCAGUGCAAGGUAUAGCAAAAUCCGAUUCCACUUAUGGUUAUUGGAUUAUAAUAAUAAUACUAUUUUGCAUAAUUAUCGCCGUAGCGUUGCUUACAUAGUGUAAUAUAUUUUUAAAUGUUAUAAAUGUAUUUUAUUUUUAAUUUUUCAAGUGACUAUUCCUAUUUAAAGUGUCAUGUAAUCCAU